CACACACACACACACACACACACACACACACACACACACACACGCACACACACACACACCAUUUCCAAAGCAGUACUACUCCAGUCCUGACAGCUGUCUUUUAGAUGACAAAUAGCUCUUGUUCUCCAAGUCGAACUGUGAUGUUGCCAAUUUACACACACUCCUUUUUAUAUUAAUCAUGUGAUUGUCUACUUCAUUCUGUUCCCAGCUAAAAAAAACACUUAAAGAAAUCUGGUUGGGAGAUUGGAGAGAUCUAUAGCCCACUGGAUCAGACUCAAGAGGCAAAAGUGGCGCGGCCUGACAUUGCGCUGUGGUGCUGAAGAAGAAGCCCUCAGAUAUGGCAUCCAGAAGUGAGGAGAAGAUGAGGGUCCAUGCGCACACCAAGUUCUGUUUCCUGUGCGUGCUGACCUUCCUGUUCCACCAGUGCAGCCAUUGCCAUAGCGAUGGCCACCACCAUCACCAUAGCCACGGAGGAGGAAGUGGAGGAGACCACCACGGACACGAUCACGAACACGACAAUGAUCACGACCACGUCCACAACGACCUCCAGAUAUCCCAGGCGCCCUACGUCGUGGUGGACCCAACAGCCCGGCCCUCGUCAGGUUCCGGUUCCGGUUCCGGGUCCGGUUCCGGUGUUCCAGGUUCCACAGGUGGCAGCGCCAGCGAGGCGGAGAAGGAGCAGCACUUCUACAUCCAGCAGCUGUUCCACCGCUACGGCCAGAACGACCGGCUGAGCUUCGACGGCUUCAAGAACCUGCUGCUGAGCCUGGGCCUGGGCGAGGUGAAGGUGCUGGACCUCAAGCACACGGAGCACGACCACGUGGCCCACCUCGACCUGCUGGAGGACCACCACGACCAUCACAACCAUCACCAUCAUCACCACCAUCACAGUCAUGGCGCUGGAGGUUCAGAUCCCCACGACACACACUCUCACCACCAUCACCAUCCAAGCUCGGAGGGUGGUGGCACGGGGAUGUCCACGGUGGGGCAGGGCACUGAUCCCUGUAGUCCACGGGCCACUGGGCCUACCGUGGACAGCAGCAGCAGUGGUGGUGGUGGUGGUGGUGCCGUGGAUCACAAUCACGACCAUAAACAUGAAGGUGGUGAUCAUGAUGGACAUGAUCAUGUACACUCCCAUGAUGACCAUGAUCACCAACACGAACACGAUCAUGACCAUGACCAUGACCAUACUCAUACUCCUACUGCUUCUAAUGGUGCUGGUGCUGGUGGUGUUAAGCCUUCAUCCACCAACAGCACGAGGUCCAGGCAGCCUCCUCCGGGCCAGUCGCCACCUCCACCUCGCGCCCGUCGCCCCCACCAACACCACCACCACGACCAUCAUCACCACAAGACACCUCACCCUCACGACCACAAUCACGACCAUGAUCACGAUGAUCACGACCACCAUGAUCAUGAUCAUGACCACCCGAGCCCCAUCAGCACAGAACCUCAGCCUCAGCCCCCAGCCACAACUGCGCGUGCCAGGCCAACGCGAAGACCACAGGGCCCUCCACAGGUUCCCUCGUCAAGGUCCAGUGGUGAGGGGGGCAAGGUUGUUGGGGAAGGCGUAGUGGCAGCGGGACCCUCAGCGUCCCCCACCCAGGCCCCAGUGACGGGUGCCAAGAGGCCCAGGAGGCCAACAAGAGGCAGGGGCGGCCAGGGGGGGCAGCGCAACCGCAACAGGCCGGUCAUCACUGCUGCUCCUCCCACGCCAGCAUCAGCCGUUGUUGAAGCACACGAACACGGACACGAUGAUCAUGAUCAUGAUCAUGAUGAUCAUUCGCAUGAUGCCCACAGCCAUGACCUUCACGGGCACGGGCAUGGGCACAGUCAUGGGCACGGACACGGGCACAGCCACGGAGGUCCCAGCUCUACGGGGAUGCAGAAGAGAGACGUGACGGGCAAAGACAGCAGGGCGUCGUCACUCGUCAAGAGACACUUAGACAGUCAGCUGCAUCAGCAUGAUGAGUGUUUGAACCUGACCCAGCUCCUGCUGCACUAUGGCAUCAACCCCAAGUCCACCAUCACCCCGCAGCAGUUCACCUACCUGUGCCCCGCACUGCUCUACCAGAUCGACAGCCGCCUCUGCAUACGCCACCACACAGAAUAUGAGGAGAUCCAGAGUCAACCGACUGGAGCCAUGGUGUGGGUGUGGGGCUUCGUCUCCAUCACCAUCAUCAGCCUGCUGUCUCUGCUGGGGGUGGUGCUGGUGCCCAUCAUCAACCAGGGCUGCUUCAAGUUCCUGCUCACCUUCCUGGUGGCGCUGGCCGUGGGCACGCUGAGCGGGGACGCCCUGCUGCACCUGCUGCCACACUCCCAAGGAACCCACGACCACGAGCACGGCCAGGAGAAGCACGGGGGUGAGAACGUGAGCCUGCUGGAGGAGUUUGACGCGGUGUGGAAGAGCCUGACCGCUCUGGCGGGCAUCUAUCUCCUCUUCAUCAUCGAACACUGCCUUGGCAUGUUCAAACACUACAAAGACCAAGGGGGCACGUUCUGUCGGAGGAAGAAGAGGAACGAGGAGGCCAAGAUCGGCAGGAAGCUGUCGGACCACAAGCUGAACCGGUGCUCAAACACCGAGUGGAUGCACCUGAAACCACUUACGGAGGGUGGAGACAACAGCGCUCUGCCAGGUGAAGCGGGCCACAACGACAGCCAGCUGCAGCCCACACCGGAGACAGACCCCUGCCUUCCCCCACCGCUGGCCAUCACCGACGGCACGGAUGGCUCGUCGGAGGGCGACAACCACCACCACCAGGUCGCCAAGGAGAACGGCAGGAAGGCCAAGACAAAGAAGCACGGGCACGGCCACUCGCACGGGCACGGCCACUCGCACGGCCACUGCCACUCCGACCAGGAGAUGAAGGACGCGGGCAUAGCCAGCAUCGCCUGGAUGGUCAUCAUGGGGGACGGCAUGCACAACUUCAGCGAUGGGCUGGCCAUAGGUGCGGCGUUCAGUGCCAAUAUCACAGGAGGCAUCAGCACGUCUGUUGCCGUAUUCUGCCACGAGCUGCCUCACGAGCUGGGUGACUUUGCGGUGCUGCUGAAGGCGGGCAUGUCCGUGAAACAGGCCAUCGUCUACAACUGCCUGUCGGCCAUGAUGGCGUACGUGGGCAUGCUGAUUGGCACGGCCGUGGGCCAGUACACGCACAACGUCACCAGCUGGAUCUUCGCCGUCACCGCCGGCAUGUUCCUCUACGUGGCCUUGGUGGACAUGUUGCCGGAGAUGCUGCACGGCGACAGCGAGGAGCACAAGCGCUGCCAGCUAGGCCACUUCUUGCUGCAGAACGUGGGCAUGCUGACCGGCUUCGCCAUUAUGCUGCUCAUUGCCAUCUUCGAAGACCGCAUCAAGUUCGAGUUCGACCUCUAG